UUUGGUCCAUGUUUCUGAUCACCCGGGUUUAAUCAACCUCAUGUCAGGUUAACAGAAGAUAACGCUGUACGUUAAGCGCCUUCUAUUGCACAGCUUCUGGAUGGUCAAGAUCCCCUGCCCUCGUUCCAGCACCCCAUCUAAAUUUCGAUGAACUCCACUCGUCGACUACGACCAAUCAAACCGCGGCCCGAUCUUCACUCCGCCUUUUCCCAGGACUCUGCGGUCGGUCAACGAUCACAUUGCAACGAGUCGACGAGUAACCCCAGACCUUCCAUCGAUUCGGAUACUGUAGAUAACAAGGAGAAUUCUUUUUCUCAUCGAACACCGAAUCACCCAGACGAAACGAGGGAGAGCGUUCGUGUACCUACGACGUAUCUCUCAGUAGAUCCGAUUGAUGAAGAGAAGAAGAGGGAGAGGAAACGAUGCAGACAGGCAAGGAAGGAGAAGUUGAACAAGCCGCUCCCCCCUCCGCCGGCGUUAGCAUUUGUGCAGAUGCCCUCUUAUCUACCCGCAAAGGCAAGUCUGUUUAUCUUGGUAAUGAAGAUCUUUGAUGGAUUUUCACAUAUAGGUGUACCAGCAUCUAUGUCAUUUGGCGGAACAGGAGUUUGUUAAGAAAGGAAACACAACGAGAUACGAAGAAUUGUUACGAUCAUUCAGCCAAAUCUGUCCAACCACUGCCAUUGAUGAGGUUGUCAGAAGUUAUAGGUAUCGCCGUAGCCUGGAGGAGUUG